UUUUACAUUUUUGUGUAGAAUCGAGCCCUGCCCAUCACCUUAUUUCGAGGAAUCUAGCUGGCUACUAGCCGGCUAGCGGUUGCAGCACAAACGUAUAGAAAAAGACUUGGGUGGUGGAUCUAUUAAAGUUCAGCAUCUUUGGCAAGUAUGGAGAACCCCACAGUGAUCAUAACCGACACAGGAGAGCUACAGCUCACUAGCAUUACUCGACACUGCCUCCUGCACACCAUUGAGGUGAUCCGCCCACAUAUAAACCUCUCCAUUGUUCUGCCACAGUCAGGCUCUCAUAAAAUUGACAGUUUCUGUGGUGAGCUCCAAGAAGCCAUCCUCACAAAACAUCCGAAGAAGAGGUCUACUCAGAGCCUACCUGAAGAUCCACUGGUGCCUUCUAUCGAAAUUCAUCGAUUGUGUGAAGGAGCUAUUGGCUCGUUGGACUUCACGCUUAUCAUUGAGAAAAACUUCCUGGCAACCUCGAAAGGCAAUAUCAAUCUGGACGCCUUUCAUCGCUGUUGCUGGAAGUACUACGAGAUGGAGAGGAAGAGUGAAAUAUCGUACCCCAAAUGGUUCUCAAGAGAAUGCACGUACCGACUAUGGCUGAUCUAUAACUGUGUGCUGGAGCCAGAUUUGAAUACUACUCUCUCAAUGAAAACCACUAAUGAAGUAUUGAAAAGAAUAGUUGAGUACUGUGGGUACACAUGGAAUCCCACCUAUGCUUAUGCAACAGCGACUCAAAUGAGCUUUCCAGAAUAUCUUGCCGCCAUUACUACUUACUUUGAGCAGUUCAAGUUGGAAAUGUCACUCACCUGUGAGGUGAUUGGAGACAUGGUGGACGAGAUAGUGAAUGGGGUUCUAAAGACCGGGCGUCUGACAAAGAAAGGUCACAUGAGGAAGAACUGGAAGAAUCGUUGGUUUGUGCUCCAGCGGACAGUGCUGCGGUACUACAUGUCCCGGGACAACAUGACCCUCAAAGGUCAACUAGUGUUAAAUGGCAAUACAGAGGUGAAGAGUAUCCCUGACAAGGGCAAGAGACGAUUUUGUUUCCACGUUACAUGCGGGCACACGGGGACACCGUUUGAGAUAGCAGCUGAAGAUCAAAGGACAAAGCAUGAGUGGAUGCUGGCUAUUCGGAAGGCUAUAGCUCUGGCCAAAGUGCUGGAUGGGAGCUCAAAAGCAAAUGAGUUUGCUGAGUCCUUGCAAGGUUUUUACCUACUAAAGUAUGGGACCUCUCAGCCAGUGCUAGCUCGGCAAGACUCCACAGUGAGGAAGAUGAAAUUUCAGGCCACCCUAAAAGACCAGCGGAAGAGACUCUCCGGCAGGGACAGCAAGACAACAAUUCCUACAAGUGCUCAAUUUGACUCCUCUGGAGAAGUUGGGGAUGACUUAGAGCAGUACGUUGCCAUGGGUCCUGGGCAGGGGAAUAUCACCAGUGACGACAGUGACUCAGACACUGAGGGCCAGUAUGUACCAAUGAAACCACUCUCUAUCGAAGAGUUGUCUCAGUCGUAUGAUGAGGUCACCAUCCAUGUGACCCAAAGCCUCCCACCCACUAUUGGAGAACGGUCCUUCAUGCAGGCACGCUCUUCCGGAACAUUCUCCGGCCCUUUUGUAACUACCCAAGACAAGCCACUCAUUCUUGAGCCUACUCCAGAGGAGGACGAAGGUGGCUACAUUUCCCUUAAGAAGGAGGCUAAGAAGGAUCUCACUUACGAUCCCGUCAGCUUUGAGGAUGGUAACCGUACUCAGCAGCAUGCCUACGAUCCUGUGACGUAUGAUGAUAAGGACAGAAUGAAGAGUAAAACUGUGAGCAGGAGAAAAUCUGACCCGAAGUCACCUUCACUACUUUGCCCGACCUCACUUAGUCCAACGUCACUGAGUCCAGAAUUUGAUGAUGGAAAAGACGGAUCAUACAUCCAUGUGGUCCAUAGCCGCCCAAAUAUUCCCCCAAACUUGCCUUCGCAGACAGUUUCAACUCCCAAUGCAUUGGAAUCAUCUGCUUCGUAUGAUGAACCGAAGAAUUGGACAGUGAAGAAAGACUCUGGUCUCUACCUGACUCUGAUACAUGACAGUCCCAAGAGCCCCACCUACACGGAAAACGGCAUUCCCAAGGAUCAUCCGCCGACAGUGCCUGCACACAGGAAAAGCCCAUCCCCUAUCCACAAACAUCGUUUCACCAUGUCUGAGAGGUUUGACUUACCUCCUCCACCUCCACCCCGAAUGAACAUGCACGCCUCAAGCCCCAACCUGCCCAGAGCACCCCCUCCCCUACCCCCAACCAGGAGACGCUCAAGUGACAGCCCAACUAGUCCCGUACGCGUUGCUGGUCACAGUAGUGUACCCCCUCCUCUACCAUCCAAAAACUCAAGUGGUAGUCCAACUAGUCCGAUAAGAAAUCUCUCAUCGAGUUCUCCUGAGCACAGCUUUAGGAGGGCAACUAUUAUGUCUCCAACUAAAGAGUACCCAAGGAUAAUAGAAGAGCCACAUGCUUUGUUAAAACGUAGGUCAUUUGAUGAUGGUGAACCUAACACAAACUCUUAACAUCGUUUUAUCCCCAAUUCCACCGUGACUCGUUUGUUCUCAGCCCGUUUUGGAUUUCUGUUGUGUCCAACUGUAAUAUUUUGCACUUUUAAA